CACACACACACACACACACACACACACACACACACUACUACCACAAUAUCUACAUCACCAUCACCAAAUACAUCAUCCAUAACCCUCUCGCCCGGUCUUGCCUUCCGCCCUCUCACCGCCCGCGGCAAUAAACGCCCCACCAAAACACUUAUAUCUCUUCGCCAUGCCUUCGCAUCUUCGCCUGCAAUCAGACUUUGAGCCCUUUUCGGCUGAGACCACUCGCACAUACUUCCCUUCUUCGCCUUCCGCACCGCCUGCCAAGAAACAAAAGAUGUCGCUCUCGCAGACCUACUACAUCGCCGCCUCGGCCCGCUCAAAGCUCACCAGCGAGGCCCAGAAGAACGACCACGACCUGAGGCUGCUCGUCGGCCACGCCAACCUUCUCGACUCCCUCAUGCUCGAGCUUGCCGAUGCCGAGCGUGAGCAAGAGGCCUGGUUCAACCAGUCCGUCAAGCGUGCCUCCAAGACCGAGGAGAGGCAUAUCAAGUGGGUCGACACCAUUGUCGAGGAGGCCAUGGAAGACGACGACUCCGACCUUUCCGACGGCGACUCCGACUCCGAUGUCGACGAGGAGGAGUUCGACAUGAUCCCCCCUCUCCGCCGGAUACCCUCGCCGCCCGUCCAGAUUACCACCACCGAGCUUGACGACGAGGAUGAUGAGGAGGAUGAGGAGGAUGACUCCGACGACGAGUACUACGAGGAUGAGGAGUUUGACGAUGCGCACGCCCUCACCCGCUCGCCCUCGCAACAACAGCCGCCAGAGCUCGUCCAUGAAGACGACUCAGAAUCCGAUGAUGAUGUAACGCCACCCACCACUCCGCCUCAAGCUACCAUGGAGUACAGCGAGAAGGAGCGGAAAGCAAUCGCCUCGUCAACCUACUACAAUCAAAAGCAAACGCCAUUGUCGCCUCCAGAACAGGCCGCCUUCAUCCAGGAUGGCUACUUCAUCCCCCAGAGGAAUACGCCGAUGAUCGCAUCGUGCUAGGCGCGAAGCCAUCUCUUCAUUUCAUCUUUCUUUUCACGGCGGAAUGACUUUGAGCGAAACAUUUAUCGUCAUCAUCAUCAUCAUCAUCACAUCACCAUCAUCAUCAGCAUUUAGCAUGGAGUUUGACGGCGUUUCAUCGAUACCUAUUUCUUAUGUCCUGGGAGGAGUCAAUUGCGCGAUGCACAUGCCGCGCUUGACAUGUUUGGAUUGGAGGCCCCUGCUAGAGACGGGGGCGCGCAUGAGGAACGGACGGAGCUACGGUUCUCCCUGCUCUGGGGCACACGGUUGAGACCCUGCUCGCACAGCUAGUUACUCUCCACCCAUAGAAAUCAAAUCAAGAUCACACAUACACACAACCAAGC